AAUUGUACUUAUAUAUUUAUCUCUUCCAGAUAGAUAUUCAAUAAUUAAACAUAUUUCUCUUAUAUUAAAUUUAACUAUACUUGAAAUAUGUCGAGGGAUAUAAGAUCCUAUUUUCAGACUGCUAAAAAGACUUCCAGUGUUACUUCGUCAAAAAAUAAGAAAAGAAGAUUAAUUUCGUCGGAUGAAGAUGAUGAAAAAUCAAAAUCUCCAAUAAAACCAUCCAAGAAAACAAAAACAUUAAAGAAAAGUGCUAUAGAAUCUGAUUCUGAUACUGAGGCACGAGUCGUUUCUCCUGGUGAUAUAUUUGGUAAAAAGCCAAUAAGUAGAGAAGAAGCACCUAAGAUAUCAAAACAAUUACAAAAAGAGGAAGCUAAGGCUCACAACGAUGAUGAUUUUGAAGCUACUUUGUGUCAGUUAGACACCUCUGAUAUUGAACGAAAAUAUGUAAAAGAAAGUAAGGUGGAUAAAGGUGAAAGUAAUACUAACAAUGAAAACACAAAAAAAACUCUGGUUAAAGAUAAAGAAAAUAUUAAAAAGAAAAAAACACCAGAGAAAAAUAAAAAACAAAGUAAACCAAAGACUAAAAAACAUUCUAGUAACAGUUCGAAUGAAGAUAUAAAGCACACUGUUCCUGAAAGUAGCAAUAAAUCUAAGCACACCAAAAGACCUAAAAGUACAUCACCUAUUUCUAAAAUGGAAGUUGAACAUAUAGAAAAGAAAGUAUCUCCUAAAAAGAAAGAAGUACAUGAUGUAUACGAGGAAAGAGUUGAAAAAAGGAAACAACAUGCUCAAAUGUAUCAGCAAUAUCUUCAAAGAGGGGGUGCCAGAAAUCCAGGAUCAAAAGAAAUUCCUGUUGGUGCUGAAUAUUGUCUUGCAGGAUUAAGUUUUGUAAUAACUGGUGUUUUGGAUUCUUUAGAGAGGGAAGAAGCUGAAGAGCUUAUAAAAAAAUAUGGUGGACGAAUUUUACAUCAACCUUCAAGGAAAACUGAUUAUGUUAUAAUAGGUGAUCAACCUGGAGCAUCAAAGUUAGCAAAAAUUAAUAGUUUAAACAUUGAAAAAAUAUCAGAGGAUGAAUUAUUAGAAAUGAUUCGUACUAGGCCUGCUGGUCAAGCUAAUAAUGUAAUUCAUCCUUCUCAUCGCGCGAGUUCAAAAAAUAAAACUAAACGGAAAUCUGCAGAAUCAGAAGAUAUGUCUCCUUCACCGUCAAAAGAGGCAAAAGGUAAAACUGAAGAAGUAGGAAAAUCAGUAUGUUCCCCUCAGAAAGAAAAAAGUACUGAAAAGGACGUACAAAAAUUAUUAGAGAAAUCACCUCAUAAAAAAGAACACCAUACUAAACAUGUAAAAACACCAUCUCCGAUUAAAAAGCAGCCAAGGGAAGAUAAAUCAGUUAUACAAGAUAAAAAGGAAACAAGUUAUAUAAAGGAUAUACAAGUAAAAGAAGAUAUUUCACACAUAAAUGGAAAUGUAUCGCAAGCAUUGGUCGAAAAAUACAGACCUAAAUCUAUGAAACAAAUUUUGGGUCAACAGGGAGAUAAAAGUAAUGCUAAGAAAUUACAUAAUUGGUUAUUGAAUUGGCAUAAAAAUCAAAGUGGCCAAGUUAAACACGCUAAACCUAGUCCUUGGGCAAAAAAUGAUGAUGGAGCUUUCUUCAAAGCUGCAUUAUUAUCAGGUCCUCCUGGAAUUGGAAAAACAACAACUGCUCAAGUUGUUUGCAAUGAAUUAGGUUUUGAUCUAGUAGAGUUCAAUGCUUCAGACACAAGAAGCAAGAAACUUUUAAAAGAAGAAGUAUCAGACCUUCUAUCUAAUACUACACUAAAAGAUUAUUUUACAGAUAGCAAAAGUAAGCCCAACUCGAACCACGUUUUGUUAAUGGAUGAGGUUGACGGAAUGGCUGGUAAUGAAGAUCGUGGCGGUCUACAAGAACUAAUUAAUUUAAUCAAAUCUACUGAUAUUCCUAUUAUUUGUAUAUGCAAUGAUCGAAAUAAUCCUAAAAUGAGGACGCUUUCUAAUUACACAUAUGAUCUUCGAUUUUCAAAACCGAGAUUAGAACAAAUUAGGGGAGCCAUGAAAACUAUUUGCUUUAAAGAACAUAUUAAUAUAUCAACAGAAGAUCUUGAUCGUUUAAUUGAAUCAACUAAUCAAGACAUUCGACAAGUUAUAAAUCAUUUAGCACUAUUUGUUGAUAAAACAGCUUCUCAAGAAAAAUCUCAGAAGAAACAUAUAAAUAAAGAUCUCAAAUUAGGCCCUUGGGAUGUUGUGAGAAUGGUAUUUUCUGCUGACGAACAUAAGCACAUGAAUAUACAUGAUAAAAGUGAUUUAUUUUUCCAUGAUUACAGCAUUGCACCAUUAUUUGUACAAGAAAAUUAUUUACUGGUCACACCUCAGGUGUCAAAAAAUAAAGUGUUAGAACGAGUUGCAGAAUGCGCUGAAAGUUUAGCUAUUGGAGAUAUUGUUGACAAAUCUAUAAGAAGUAACAAUGCAUGGUCCCUUUUACCAGUACAAGCUUGUUUCUCUUCUGUUAUACCUGGAACAGUAAUGUCUGGUCGUAUUAGUGGUCAAAUCAAUUUUCCAGCUUGGCUUGGCCGUAACUCUAAAGCUGGUAAAUUUAAUCGGUUGAUGCAGGAAAUAACUGUCCAUAUGCGUUUGACUACUGGUGCGAGUAAGGAAGCUAUAAAUUUAGAUUAUGUCAAACCUCUCAGAAAUGCUAUCGUUAGGCCUUUAGCAACUGCUGAUGUAGAUACAUCAAUAAACGUCAUGAAUCAUUAUCAUUUAUUAAGGGAAGACUUGGAUUCUUUAAUAGAAAUUUCUUUAUGGCCUGGUGAUAGAGAUCCAAUGCAAGUUAUAGAUAGUAAGAUAAAAACAGCUUUUACAAAGGCCUAUAAUAAAAAUUGUGUAGCUGUGCCAUAUAUAGUAAGUGGAACAUCAAAAAAGAAAGCAGCAUCAAAUUUGCAAGAUGAGGGUUCUUUAGAGGCAGAAGAAGAAGAAGCAGAAGGGGAAAAUUCUGAUGAAGGUGAUGAUUCUGUCGAAACAGAUAAGAUGAUUAAGGCAAAGAAACCGGUCGCAAGUAAGAAAACAGAAUCAAAGGAUAAAAGUACUAACAGUAAGCCUAGUAAACGUGGAAGAGGAAGAGGGAAAGGGAAGUAAUACAAAUCUCAGUGGAAUGUGAAUUUUAUUUAAAAAAUAAUGCAGUAUUUCAAAAUGUGCUUAUUUCACAUUGAAUUCGUGUCACUUAUAAAUUUGACUCGUUAAUUGUGUAUAAAAUGAAUUUCCUUGAUAUGUUCCGCGC